UAGGUCCCAAUAAUCCUCAGCUGGGGGAGGAGCCUCCUGAAGCCCUGUGCCUCCUGUCUCUGCAGCUCCAUGGCCACCUGUGUGCUUCUCCAGGGGAUCCUCCUCCUUCUGCUGCCCACACCCACCCCUGCUCUCUGCAACACCUUCACACAGUCUGAAUGCAAUGAACAUGAGACUUUCGUGCCUGGCUCAUGGCUGGCAGGGGAGGGAGUGGAUGUGACCAGUCUCCGGCACUCAGGCUCCUUCCCAGUGGACACAACCCACUACCUGCGGCCAGACAGCACCUGCACCCUCUGCAAGAAUGUUCUGCAGAACAACACCCUCCAGCGCCUGCCCCUAGCCCUUGCACACUGGCGUGCCCAGUCCUCUGUCUGCCAGCGCAAGGUAGUCAGAGCCAAGGUCAGCUCCGUUGAGGGUGUGGCCCAGGAUGCAGCUAGCAAAAUCCGCAAUGACUGGAGGGGGGAGCUAGACGUGACUCCCAAGCCCACAGUCAAUGCACGCAUGUCCAUUGCCGGUUCGCACUCCGAGGCAGCUAACUUUGCAGCCAAGAAAACCCUCCAGGAUGAGUACAGCUUCACCAAGGAUGAGGUGGAGUGUCAAUUUUACAGUUUUAAACUAGUACACAACCCCCCACUCCACCCUGAAUUCAAAAAGGACCUCAGGGCCCUACCGCCCGAAUUCAGGAAAUCCACAGAGACUGAGUACUUCAGGCUCAUCUCCGACUAUGGCACCCACUUGAUCCGGUCCAUGAACCUGGGUGGCCGGAUCUCGACCCUCACAGCGCUGCGCACCUGUGAACUGGUCUUACAGGGAUUGACAGAUAAGGAGGUGGAGGAUUGCCUGGCUGUCGAGGCUGAGGUCAGCAUAGGCAUCCAGGUCAGGUCUUCAGCGGAAUUCAAGGCCUGUGAGGAGAAGAGGAAGAACAGCAAGAUAACAAACUCCUUCCACCAGACCUUCCGGGAACGUUAUAUUGACAUAGUUGGUGGCCACCACACUUCCUCGCCUGACCUGCUGUUUGGGAACCAUGCCAAGCCCAAGCAGUUCUCACAAUGGGUAGACUCACUGAAGGAUACCCCAGGCCUUUUGGACUACACCUUGGAGCCUCUGCACGUGCUGCUAAAGAGACAGGACCCCCACCGAGAGGCCCUGAGGCAGGCCGUGAGCAAGUACGUGUUGCACAGGGCUCGCUGGAGGGACUGCAGCCGGCCCUGCCCUGAGGGGCAGCAGAAGAGCCAACAAGACCCGUGCCAGUGCCUGUGCCAUGGCAUGGAACUCACCAACCACGGCUGCUGUCCUCGAGAGAGGGGUUUGGCCCGCCUGGAGGUUAAGAACUUCCAGGCGACAGGCCUGUGGGGAAACUGGAUCACUGCCACAGACGCCUAUUUGAAGGUUUUCUUCGCAAGGAAGGAGCUGAGGACAAGCACAGUGUGGAACAACAACAAUCCCACAUGGCACACAACGCUGGACUUUCAGGAUGUGGUCCUGCCCACAGGGAGGCCCCUGAGGGUGCAGGUCUGGGACGAAGACAAUGGCUGGGAUGAUGACCUUCUUGGCACAUGUGACACAAAACCAAAAUCUGGGUCACACGAGGUGAACUGCAACCUAAACCACGGUCACCUGAAAUUCUCCUACCAAGCCAAGUGCCUGCACCACCUGACAGGGGAUUUCUGCAUGGACUAUGCCCCCCAAGGGCAUCUGGGGGAGCCUCCAGGAAACAGGAGUGGUGCAGUGUGGUAAGAACAGCAGGCUGAGGGGGACCGGAAUAUUUGGCCUAACAGGGUUCUUUUUUUUAAUUAAUUUUUUUAUUUUUCACAUCAUUGUUCAUUUUUUGAAAAGAUUUGCUUCCCCCCACCCCCUCAGGUGUCGUUCCCAUAGAGUUUCCUUCGCCAAUGCACCUGUGCUCCUCCCUCCCUCCCUCGGAUCCCUCUCCUUCCUCCUCCCCUGCCAUAUGUCUCUGAUUUAUAAUUGUCUGUUUUUGCUUUGUUGUCUUUUGUACUGUUAUUAUUUUUUUUACACUGAUGCUUUAUUUGGUUCCCCUAUAUUCCUGCUAUAAGUGAAACCUUCCAAUAUUUUUCUUUUUCCUUCUGACUUAUUUCACUGAGCAUAAUGCCUUCUAGUUCCAUCCACAUUGCUGCCAAUGCCAUUAAUUUUUUGAUUGCUGAACAUUAUUCCAUUGUGUAUAUAUGAACUUACAGGUCUGCCCUGAAUCUCCUUGUCCAAACUGGCUUAGCUCCUCCAUAUUCUUGGGCCCUGGAAAUGAGCUGGCUGGGCCACACCCUACAUUCACAGCUGUACAGACACGGCAGCCAUUCCCGCCCAGCUUCUUGCUGUCAUUUCAGACCUUUCUGCAACCCUUUCUAGUGUGGUGAAUGCCUUAUCAUAUUAAAUCCAACCCCCUCUGCCCCAGCUGUUCUGUUUGCUCUAUCUUCUUUGCCCACCAAGUUUUGCCUCUCAAAGGAAUCAUAAGUUGCCUUGACCUGUCUCCUCCACAUAACCUGAUACAUAAAAUGAUGUGAUGGUGGCAACUCUCUUGCCUACCUGUGACUAUGCAGGUGCCUCUAUUUUUCUGUCUCCUUUUCCUAAUAAACUUGCCCUUUUAAAAUGGAAAAUAGGGCCUCCCCUGGUGGCGCAGAGGUUGAGCCCUGGGCUGUGAAGCUACCUGCAGCCUCUGCAACACCGGUUAGAUCCCUGGCCACCGGCGAGGAUCCCACAUGGCUCACAGACCUCUCCUGCCACCCGUGCUCCCCUUAGCAGUGUAUUUCGUCAGUCUGUCUGUUCUGUUCCCAGCUCUGGCUCUGGUGAAUUACUCACCCUCUCGUGCUUCUGACUAUACCUAGUGCUUCGAUAAAU